AUGUUACCAGAACCAACUGAAGACACUGCAGAAGUUGGUGGUAAAAUAUUGGGAGAUGCAAGAGUCAGUGAAGGUAAAUUUAAGGAUGAUUUAAACCUAUUGGCGAUCACCGGUCCACAAAAUAUCCUGUUUCCCUCGGUCCCAAGCAACAACUGAUUAUUGUUUGAUAUUAUACACGGUUGCCGAAAUUCUAACACCACAUGGUUUUCUUACGAUUGCAGGCGACCUAAAAUCUAUAUCCACAGACAACCUACCAUGGGCCGAGAUGCUUGAGUAUGACUUUUGUAAAACGUUCACAAUAUCUGAACUGAAUCGACUUCGUAGUUUUAUUAAGGACGGCGUAACAUUUAACGUGAUUGCCGUGAAACAUUCGUAUGUGCCAGAAGACCCGAACCUCAGCGAGGAACAAAACAAGGAGACUGGAGGUCAGGCGUGUGCUGCGUCUGACAAACAAAGUGUGAAAACCAGUGCGUCGAAAGACCGCACCAAAUUAGAUCCAAAAGAAAGAAAGAAAUCCGCGAAAGCUAAGGUAUUCACAAGUUUUCCAAUUCUACCUGCGAAAUAAAAAAUUCACAUAAGAUUUCACAUGUGAAAAUGUUUUUUUCGCAUGUGAAGUGUUCCAAUUUCCACAUACGAAAUAAAAAAGUUCACAUAUGGUUUCACAUGAGAAAAUUUUGUUGAUAUUAUCACACUUGUUGCAAGGUUGUUGCAACAAAUCCGAUACAGUCAUGAUAUAAAAAUGUUGUUACUAUAUUGUGUCGUCAACCUUGCAACAGUCUUGUUAUAUCAUGACUGUAUCAGACUCUUGUAACAAGUCUGAUAAUGCCGACAAGCUUGUUACAAGUUGUGUUAACAACUUGCUGCAAACUUGUUACAACAACUGGGAACAAGCAGUGCGAACACAACGCUCGUCGACAGCUUGUGAACAGAUUUGUUUGCAGACCUGUAAAAACUUGUGACAAGUUAUAUUUGCUAAUUACAUGUGUGCAUACAAGUACAGUAAAUGUUUUAUGUCAGGGUUUUGGUUGUCUGGCCGCCACGGUGGCUACAACAAGACUAGAUCGCUGAUACGAUAGCGCGUUGUGUAUUAUCUGACUUUUUCUCGUUUCCGUCAUAGAGUGUUGCUAAAAUGGCGGUGGGCAAGGAAAAAGGCGGGAAAAAAGACAAACGUGAUGUCAGCGAAUUGUUCGAACUACCACAGGAACGUAAGACAGUGGGCACAUGUCACGUGCUUCUCACGUCACUACUGGACGGCGAGACUGUGGUCAACGUCAGCAGUCCGUGUGUCGAGGAGAGUGGGGAGACUGUGAACGAAUCAGUGGAGAAUGGUCAUUCUACCAUGGGAGGCACUAAUCCACAGAGUGGGAAACGACAUGAUGACAAGAAAAAGGGGAAAGGUGAGAGCAUAUCCAUUUGACAGUGGCGAACACUUGGCCAAAUGUUAGGUUGCCAACCAUAGAAAUAAUAGAUAUAGAAUGCGUACUUGAUCACGAAUCAUGUCUCCUAUCCACUUUUUCUCAUGCGUGCCCUUAUAAAUCCGCCAUAUUGAAUUUGAUUAGGAGUGCAAACUACAAAAUAUAAACAAAGCUAAAACCGUACGUUUUCAUCGUCAAAACGUUUGUCUUGUUGUCUAAUUUGUAGUUUGGGGAUAGAUUUUGAGUUCUUUGAAGGCACAAACUGUCAAAGCAAAUGUGCCUAUUAUUUCUAUGUUGCCAACAUAUUAGGGACCGGUCAUUAUUUGUGGCCAGGGGUGGCAGGGUUAAGUAAACAAAAUAAUUUUGAGUGAGUAAAAGGUUGGGUAAAUGAAAAACAAAACAACUCAAGGGUUGGGUAAUAAACAUUUACUGUCAUUUCCAAAGCAUGACUCACUCAAGUAUACUGAAGACCAAAAAGCAAUGUCAACAGUCAUAUGUCAUAAUAAAUCAAUCAAUCAGAGUCACUAUCUUGAUCAUUUAUCGAUUUGUCAGGAGGCAAAUGGUGUCUCCAAAGAUAGUACAUGUGCAGACAACAUGAAACUUUACACUGCAGAAAAUUGCACAAGCUGUACUCAUGUCACAGAAGUGGUAAAUGACAUCAUGGUGUGUGCUCUAAUAUAAUAAUCGUUCUUUGUUAUUUUACUUUGUCGUCUGUUACAGCAGGAUACUGAUGUACUCGGAAAAAACGGAUUCAACUAAAAGUUGCAUUUAAUACCUCCUGAAAUUAUGAAAGAGUGCGUUGUGAAAUAAUUUAAUCGAUGCGUUUUUGGUUAACACAAAUAUUCAAAAGAAAUAUAUCAGGCCAUGUUUGAGAACUUUUAACCGCUUUUUUCUAGGCGACGGUGACAAACAUCAAAAGCUGAUGCCACCUUCGAAGGGCAAGGCGAAAAACGAGCGAGGGAAGUCUGCACUUACUGCCGCUGCGAAAGGAAAUAAGGGAGGAAAAGGAAAAGAGAAAGUGGAAGAAUCGAAUGAGGCACACGGUGAAGAGGAAGCACCGCCUCCUCCUCCACCACUGUCUAUUAAACUUGAGGUUAAACUGGAGCGUUUGACUUGCACUAGAGAUGUUUUGGAACCAGAAAGCAAGAGCUAG